AUGGCGGACGAAAUGGAAGUAGAGACAACCACAACAAGCUCUGAAAAAUCAAAAGACGCAGCGAUGGAGGUAGAUAUUCCACAGAAAGAAAAAGUACAAGCUAAAGGAUCAUCUGGUGCAAGUACUAGCUCCGGAAAACAAUCGAAAGGUUUUGAACUCCCAUGGUAAGCGAACGUACAUGUUUGUGCAAUCUAUGAUCAUGAAUGAUUAUUAAUUUAUUAUCCUUUGAAUGAACCCUUGCUUGUUUGUUCGUUAUUUGGAAAUUUAUUCUUCAUACUUUUUUCACGCGAAAUAAUUUUGAAAAUUUAGCCGACAAAUUUACCCAUUCGCGUGUACUUUUUGGAAAACUGUUUAAUCCCUUCAUUUGUGAGGCUUUGAAAACUAGUAAGCUUAUGCUUCGAAUUUAACUUGUAAUUUGCCAUGUUUUGAUUCUGAUCCUCGACGUAAAAAGGAAAGCAUAUUUUGUAAAAGCCAAACUAAUUCCAUUGUACACUGAACUUGCUGUAACCCCGGUUUUGAGAAUUAAAAUGGGUGCCAAUUUUCAAUUAUAUUUCCCUUAAAUAAAUAUUAUGGUCAACUCAAAGUUAAAGUAAACCUCUUUGGCUCUCACCUAUUCUGAAUUGAUGGCUGAGUCUCCCUCCCUGGGGCUUGAGAGUUUAUUUCACGUAAAUUGUGUGGUUGACCAGAUUUUAAAAUUGUCAAAUGUUGAGUUUAGUUACUUCUGGGAGUGAAACGGAUAGUAGAGCGCGGCAGUAAGUGGGGGGCGAGUUAAGUUGUCCUGUGAAGGCUUAGAGAGUUUUUUAUAUCUUCUAAUUAGUUUGCACAGUUUGACUGAUCACUUUAGCAGACAGUAUCCUAUUUUACAGACCACGAAAUUCAAAAGAUUGUUUUGGAUACUAUUCGUGAAAGCAAAACAUUGUUAAAACUGUUUGUUUCAUGUAGUUUUUUUUAUGACUCAAAGCCACGAGUUUGGAGGUUUAGUAUUUGAUGCACAUUGAUCAUCAAUGGCUGUCUUGCCUGCAUGUAGGGUGAAAUCUUUGAUACCCUCUCAGUCUUAACUUAAACCCCAAAAUAUCAUGAAGAGAAAGUAGGAUAGAAGAAUUCUCCUUUUUUCUGACCAAUUUCCUUUUCUUGGUUGAUAUUGUGAGUUACAGAAACUCUUUCUUCUGCUUAAAUUUAUGGCUUGUGCACUUCACGAUUGGGCCAUACAUGUAGAACUGUAAUUUUCAGGGGAAAAAGCUUAAUCCCAAGUCACAGUUAGUACAGAUGCUUAACUCCGUCAACUUUUGAGCUAUGUGCAUGUCAUAAGAGCAUACACCAUGAUGAUUGCUAUACUCUGUUCUCUGUCAGGGUUGAGAAAUACAGACCAACUAAACUUCAUGAAAUUGUAGGAAAUGAGGAGACUGUCAGCCGUUUAGAGGUAGUGGUCGUGCAGUAAAUGUUGUGUUGUUGUGGUGGUUUAAGGUGAUUCCCUGGUUUUGCACUGCGCAUCUCUUACUGCGCAUAACAAGAUGGCCUCCGUAAAAAAGAGCUUGUGAAGUAACACUAUUAAAAUGAAGUUCACCGAAGUGAAACGCUAUUGCAAUUUUUGCUUGCGGUUGUUUCUUGCCGAGGUGAGACUCAAUGUGGUGGGAAUGUGCAUAACGUAAGCAGUAGGCGUGUUGCUGAGUUCGACUUCCUCACGGAGAACCUCGAUAGUGAAUGUUUAAUUUGUGCUUAUUCACUUUGAUUUUCAUUUAAACGCUUCCUUUAUCACAUUGUGUCCUAAAUGUGAUAUCUCGAUGUAAAUUCUGUAAAAACGGAUUUUUUAAUACUUUCUUCCCCCUUUCGCAUACAUUUUUUUUUUAAACUCACCCCAGUCCUCACUCAAAAAUCAAGAAAACUGCAUUUGGUGCGCACUCUCUGCAGCUCUACCGCAAAAACGAGUACGGUGACCCCCAUUUUUUAUUUCAUGAUUUUAAUAAGGACAGUGCUUCCUUUCGGUGAGAAAAAAAUUGGCUCAAAUGUGUGUUCAGUUUUUUGGCAAUUUUACUAAAUUGUACGGAUUGAGCUAUCACGUGUCGAAUAGCGCAUGUCCAAUUUAAUUCUACUUUGGAGCGUAAAGUAAAAACAAGGGCAUUAAAACGCAUUUUUCUAGUACGUAAGUGGAUAAACAAUACAUUAAAGUCAAAUUCUGUGCGAUACCACAUGCAUCAUUGAAAAAAUCUUUCCUUUUUGUCUAGUUUUGGGCUACGCGCGGUUUUUGUCAAAGGGUCCAAAAUAGGCGUAUUUGUCAGCAUUGUGACGUCAAAACGAGCACGGUGACCCCCACUUUUUAUUACCUUUUUAUCAUCUUCUUGACUUGUUACCUCAGUGUACCAAGUUUCAUCUACAAUCUAUGUUAGGUUCUUUUACUAGGGAAUCACCUUAAUAGUUUGUUUAAUGCUCAUUUUGCUCAUAAUAUUAGCUGUUUCAAAUUUUUCUCCCUCUGUUGUUACAUUUCUCUUGUGGUUCAUGCAUGCACAGCUGUACCACAUCACAUGAUAUGCAACAUUCCACAGUCUUUUUACUUAGAAAUUGCAAUGAUUGCAAACUCUUCUUUUUUUAGGUUUUUGCAGAGCAAGGAAAUGUUCCAAACAUUAUUAUUGCUGUAAGUAAAACAUUCUGUCAGAAACAAGGAAUUUUGCACUUACGGUAGAUGUAUCACACAGUAUAUAUUUUAUGAAUGUAGCACAAUAAUGCCUUUACAAGUCUAUUUUUCAACUCACCUACUGUUAGAGAGAAAACAGGAUGAAGACUUAGAAGUACAUGUAUAGGAAUGUUUGGUUUUGGCUAUAAAAAAGUCACACAAUAGCUGUUUACAGAUGUGGAAGAGCUAAUGAAAAAGUGAUUGAGAGUUGAGGACUGACAAUUAUUGUCGUACUCUUUGAGACACCGGAGCUGGAUUUUAUGUUUCUAAAACAUAUUUUAAAAAAGCUUCUUUAUAUCAAGGAAGUUGAUAAAUUUGAUUUUCAGGGUCCUCCUGGUACAGGAAAAACAACAAGUAUCCUAUGUCUGGCCAGAGCUCUACUUGGUACAUCUUUUAAAGAUGCCGUUCUUGAAUUGAAUGCAUCUAAUGACAGGUAUGUGUACCAGAUGAAAGGGCCUUGUACAUUGUAGGAAGGUCUCAGAUGAAAAAAAAAACAUUUUUUAAGGGGAGCUUCAUUAUAAAAAGUGUUCCGUUAGAGAUGCUUCCACCUCAGGGUCACUUUCUCUGCUCUAGUUUCUAGCCAUCACCUUAGUGAGGGAGUACAUGUACAGUGGCAUCUCCUGGAACAACCCAAAACGAGGUGUGAUGGCUCCCAAUAAGGGCCCUUCUGGUUUUGCUAUAGCCUGAGACCAGGCUCUGCAGUGGUGGAAAAAGGCAAAAAAAAAAUAAUAACGAGGGAAGCACACCAAGUGGGAGUCUGGCGAGGGAAAAGGGCGGCAGCAGGGUUGUCACUAAGAUUUCAAGUUGCCGGGUAAAUACAACAAGUAGGCGGGGAAUCAAACGGCUAGGGAUUUCUUUUGGUUCUAUUUUUCUUCUAUUUUCCAAUAAAAGUAGCCGGGGGGCACUCUCUUAGUAGCUGGGGAAAAUCCCCAACCCCCGGCCCCCGGCUCUUAAUGAUAACCCUGGGCAGCAGCCAAGCUUUCCCCUCUCCAGUCAACUGUGUGGCUCACUUUGCUCACCAGUUUUUAUUUUUUCGCUGUUUCACUCUGUUUUUUGCCUCUUUCCCCCACUACAAUGACUGGUCUAAGGCUAUUUCUGCUACAAGUACUAGGUUUUGCAAUACCGUGGUACCCAUAAGUCUCCUUGUUUUAAUACUGGUCAACAACACUGAAAGAAGGCAAGUUCUGGGGUGGGAAACAUGGCUUCUGUGUCGAAUUCUGACAAAAAUGGAUACUCAAAUACAAAAUUAGAAUUCCACCAUCAAAGGUUAAGAUUUUCCCCUUUUCUAUUUUUUUUAGUAAAGGUGAAGGAGCUUGAUUCUAACCUAAACUAUUCUUUGGUUGGAUUAAGGAUUAACACAAAUUUGUCAUUAACAGUAAAUCAUCGAUCUUGAAAUCAUCCUUAAUCCAUAAGGUAUUGUAUUGUUUACAAAUUUUCUUCUGACAUUAUUGCAGAGGAAUUGAUGUGGUGCGUAACAAGAUCAAGAUGUUCGCUCAACAGAAAGUAACUUUACCAAAAGGCAGACACAAAAUAAUAAUUUUGGAUGAGGCAGACAGGUUUGUUUCGAUAAAGGUCAUUUAACAGUUGUCUUUAUUCUUAAUGCAAGUUUUAUUAUUAAAUACUCAAAUUUGAAAUUCAUGUGAAUUUUCAGAUGUAAAAUUUAGAAAGAGUUUAGAAAGAGGUACUUUGAUAUGAAUGGUAACACCACAGGAUUUCAUCCAGAAUUUUUAAUGUGAGAGCUGGCAAACAUGGAAACUAUUGAAGUAAUAAAUCAAGUAUGAGACACAGUGUUUCAUCACCAGAUGAAACACUGAGAAGAGAGUUGAAAAUAUGACUGCAGCAGAGUAUUUUUGACAAACUUUGAGGUGUUUCCUGUGUCGAAUGCUUGAUAUUACUUCUCAAACAAAAUGAUUUUAGAAGGAGAAAUUAAGGAUGCAAAAAUGAGCAGUGAGGGCUGUGCUCUAGCAGAGCCCAGUGGCCCCUGGCGCCUAACUUUUGUCAUCGGGUAACGAGAAAAUCUUAGAUUUUUCAUACAAAUCAUAUGCUGGGCACGUUAGAUUUUACAGUUUUAGAGCAUUGGGCUCCCUUCAAUUUUUGCUAGAGCACAGCUUUGGCAGUUUUUCAUCUGAUUUCCAAACACUCAUUAAACUUUAUUUCCCUUGUAUUUUCUUUAUGAAUUAUUAGUGAGUUUGAGAAUAUUCAGUGAAACAAUAGUAUUAACAGCCAGUUGCUCUUGUCUAUGUGUAGAGAAUGAACUGGUAAGUGCAGAUUUUGAAUUUAGUUCAAUAAUUAAGAGCUACUCUGUUUUUUUUGUGUUAGCAUGACAGAUGGAGCGCAGCAGGCACUUAGAAGGACAAUGGAAAUCUAUUCCAAAACCACACGGUUUGCAUUAGCCUGCAAUACUUCAGAUAAAAUUAUUGGUGAGUACUUUGGCUGCUUUUCCCUCCACCUCCAUUCCUACCCCCAAAUAACUGGGUAGUGGCCAAGUCAGUACAUCGUUAAUACUUCACAGGAGCUUCAAAGUUUUACUAUCUAAAGGAACAAUCAAAUUUCAAAAUAGAAUUAACCCUUUAAUUCCUAAGAAUGACCAGCUUAAUUUUUUCCUAACAAUAUCCUUACAUCAUCAAGAUAAACAGGUAUGAGAAUUAAUAACAUGAUCACCAAAGGGAAAUUCUUCGAUCAUUUAUCCAGUUUUCUGAACUAAUUCUCAGCGGUCUGUCUGGAGAAUUUUUAUGUGGAUAUUGAAUUUUAUGGUGGAUUAAAUGCCAAAUAAGGGUAGUCAGUAUAAAUUAUUUGCUUAGUUGUGCAUUUUUGCAGUUUAUAUUCUCGUUUGUGCAAAAACAAUGAAAAUAAUAAAUAAAUAAAAUAACCUUAUUGCAACCUUAAUAACCUUAUUGCAAUUUAUGCUGUAUGCCUCACAUAUCCUUGAGUUAAAAACCAGGAAUAAGCAUAUUCCAUAUUUGUUAUAAUAUUUACCAAAGUCAGUGAAGUAUGACUUAUUUCUUUUCGUUCAGUUUUCAUUUCCACAGAAACUCAUCAUGGAUUGUUUUAAUUUUUCAAAGGCUGCUUUGAGCUUCUACAAGUGAUACCACUAUAAUGAAAAGAUAUUUGACUUUUUUUGUAUUUUGUUUUUUUAAAAAAAUAUUUUAAUCAGAGGCAAUCCAAUCAAGAUGUGCUGUUUUGAGGUACUCAAGAUUAACAGAUGCUCAGGUGUUACACAGAUUGUUAGAAGUUUGUGAAAAAGAAGAGGUGAGAACUGUUUUUGUAUAACGUCAAAGACAUUUCUUUGGUAUUUUUCAUCUUGAAUUGCAAACUAAAUAUAGUUUUUUUUUCUUCCUGGGACAAAAAAAGUACACAGCUUGUCAAGGUGGGUGUGUAAUUUUGUAAACUAUUUUGACAACAAAGUGAUUGAUUUUUCCGCUGCUAGGUUGCCAAAACAGAUGAUGGUAUGGAGGCGAUCGUGUUCACCGCUCAAGGAGAUAUGAGACAGGUGAGACAGAUGAACAAACAGGAAAGUAAAUAGAGAAUAACCUGGAAAAAAAGGGGCACAAGUGACGCGUUUGUCUUGAAAUCCAAUUUCCUUGAAAUGAGCUCUAACUUACACAGAGUGCACAAAUUAAGCAUGCAAGAAACUUGGUUCCUUAGUUGUUUUCAAGGACUAGGGUCUGCUGAACAUGAUGAGAGAUGAGCGAGCUAGAACAAUAGAUUGACAAAUUGACGUUUUGACGGGUCUAAGAAAUAGCAACAGAAAACCAGUCAGGGUUUUUCCCAUCUCAGUUACAGAUUUAAAGCAAUAGUAAUUGUCUUAUUCUUGACAAUCAGACCUUUUCCCUCGAAGAUACUUAAAGUAGAGCACUAAGUUUCAACAGCGUCUGUGGCAAUUUGAGUUAAUUUGGAGGAUGGUGGAUUUGGAGGCAAGAAAAACGUCACACCUACAUGGCUACAUUUUUUCAUGUUUGUGUUAUUUAAAAAGAGAGUACUUCUGUUCUUUAUUAUCUCGCCUUUAAAGUCUUGCUUCUUGUCAUUCUCCACUGGAGCAAUUAUCAGUUCAAGUUUAAGCUGUCCGAUAAAGUAAUGUAUUAGUUUCUAAUUUGUUCCCUCAGGCCAUAAAUAACCUUCAGUCAACAUUCUACGGAUUUGGAUUUGUCAACAGUGAAAACGUCUUUAAGGUAAGACUGAAAUGUUCUGAAUAUUACAUGUUGGUCGGGUCCUUCAAGUUGUUAGGGUUAUGCUGCAUGAAGGUUCUUUGAGAGCCACGAGUGGCAACGGCGUCACGCGCAAGUAGCAAGCGGUGCACGAGAGCAGCCCCAGUACUUCACAGAUCGCUCGCGCGCAGAGGAGGACUGCAUGCAUGUAAACUUAUUUAAUUUCAGUUUUGUAUCUUGUUUUAGUUUUGUAGUUUAGCCUACAGUCUUCAUUUCUAUAUAAAAUACUUUCUGUCAUUCUGACCACAGGCCGUAUAAGCCCCCGGCUUUGGCUUUACUGAGUUUGUACUAUAUGAGUGAUGGAAUAAUAAAGUUAAGUUAAGCAAGGCUAAGUGAAAAACCAUUGAAUCGAUAUGAAAAUGAUUUUUUAUUCUCGCGCAAAUUUCACAAGAAAGGUUUUGCUUUUGGCCUCGUUUAAAAAGUGAGGGUUUUUGGAACUCGAAGAUGGCCUGUUGCUUUCAGGGUAACCACGGUCCUGUUUUGUCUUUGUAGGUUUGUGACGAGCCCCACCCUCUUCUCAUUCGGGAAAUGAUUAAAUCAUGCACCAGCGGUGAUGUAGACGAAGCUUAUAAGGUUCUUGCACAUCUCUGGUACAUGGGUUACGCUGCUGAGGACAUCAUAACGAAUAUCUUCCGCGUUUGCAAAAAUUACGAUAUGUCAGAGUACCUCAAGCUAGAAUUCAUCAAGGUAAGUUUUUUUUCAACAGAAGGCGACCCUCCGUAGUUUUAAAGUUAACUCAAGAACAUAGCCAAAAUGGCCACGAAAACUUGAACGAGUUUUAAACUUUUUAUAUAUGUAUAUAUAUGGCUUAGCAAAAAUUGCGCAAAAUUUGCUAAUGAAAACUACGAUUCUUCAAAACUGAAGCCAUUUUAUCAGAUCCCAGUGCCCUGGGCUCACAACUUUUUUUUCAAAGUCACUUUUUGGCGACCUUAAAUAAAAUGGUUUCUAGACAAAAUAUUGGUGGCCGGAAAAGAAAAACAAAACAAAGCAAAGCAAAAAAUAGCAACAACAAAACACUUUGUGCAAUAUUUACGUGGAUAGUUCCCAGAAAAUAUCAAAAUGGCUGCCCAAAUACAACAGAGAGAGACAGUGAGACAACAGAAAACAAACAACGAAAGAAUGAGCGCAAGACUCAGAAAGCAACCUAUUUGAUGUCGUCUUGCAGGAAAUUGGAUACACACACAUGAGAAUAGUGGAAGGAGUUAAUAGCUUGCUGCAGUUGUCAGGGUUAGUAGCCCGGAUGUGUAGUAAGGUGACGUCACAAAGCAGCUGAAAAGCCGGACGCACUUAGAAGGGACGGUGAAAAGUGAGGUCUGACUGAAGGACACGGCGAUAAGUGGGUGGUACCAAGUACGGCCCAAUCAGUUUUGUUUGAGUUGAUAUGUAGUGUUGUCA